UCAGCAGCAGCAGCAGCAGCAGCAGCAGCAGCAGCAGCAGCAGCAGCAGCAGCAGCAGCAGCAGCAGCAGCAGCAGCAGCAGCAGCAGCAGCAGCAGCAGCAGCAGCAGCAGAAUCAGGUGGUGAUGUGCAGCGGUGUUCCUGGUUCUCCGGUUGCUUGCGUUCUGGUGACAACGUCGCUGGCUGGCUAUGCUUGUGUCCAAGCACCUCCGCAAGUUAUUUGUAUUAAACCCCAACAGGAAGGCAAAGUCAUUGUCAAAGCUCACUUGCUUCUGAUCAAUUGGUGUAUUUUUAAUAACUUCCUUGGGGUCUUCUAGAAUAGUAUUGCAGACCUUCGUCGGUGACAAUGCUAUUGAAAGUAGGGUUGUAAAAGUUAUUAAGUCCUUUAUGAAAUAGUUAAAAAAUAAUGUUAGCAUACAUCAAUUGAAUGCAUCUAUCUUCUAUCUGUCGAACUUCUAUCCGUCUCAUUCAGCUUCUAUGGCAACCCUUUUGCAUCUCGUCCUGUCGCUUAGCAACGAAGGGACAGCACCAAGGUGACGACACUAGGGUUAGUUGAUUACGGCUAAAUCGCAAACUACAAAAACAAACAAUACGUUUUCAUUUCACGUGAAUAUUUUUUAUAUCUGACUGAAGUAAACAAUCAAAAUUAUUACAUAGAAAGCGAUUUUGUCUAUAUACGGAAAUUAUAUAUCCAUGAAAUUUCCCUGCACCCCCGGCAGGCGCAGUGAAGUGGUCCGAGGCAACUUCCUGUUAAACAAACAGCGCGUUGGUCAAGCCAAAGAAGUUGAGGCUGAGGCAAUGACAACAGAGGAAAGAUCCAAACUGUAAAUACAUUUAUUGUAAGUUUAGCAAUGGUCCAAUACCAUUUUACUUCCGACCCUACCGUGUCUUUUCUCGGGGGAUGCAGCUGUUUACAAUAUGGAGAACUUCAUCCUUUAUGAUGAGCUAGGGUCAGGUAGCAGGUCUGUGGUGUAUAAAGGCCGAAGAAAGGGCAGUCUUGGUUAUGUAGCCAUUAUCUGUGCCGAUAAGAACAAGAGGCCAGAAAUCACCAACCAUGUACGCCUCUGCAAUGACCUGGACCAUCAGAACAUUGUGUCCUUCUGCGAGUGGUAUGAAACCAGCAAUCAUCUGUGGUUGGUCAUGGAGCUCUGCACAGGUGGCUCCCUGGAGUCUGUGAUUGGCCAGGAUGGCUGUCUGACAGAAGACAUGGUGAGGUCCUUUGGAUGGGACAUAGUCAAAGGGCUGAAGCAUCUCCACCAAUCAGGAAUCAUCUACUCUGACCUCACUCCUGCCAAGGUCUUGCUGGACGGGGAGGGCGUGCUGAAGCUCAGUAACUUCUGUCUGUCCAGGGCGGCGGGAGAGACCCUGGAGGAGUUCUUCACAAUGCUGUGCCUCUCGGGCCAGGCAGGAGGGGAGGGUGGAGGGCGAGACCAGGAGGUCUCUGAGAGCGGCCUCAGGAAGAGGAUACAAGGUUCUCCAGUCUACAGUGCCCCAGAGGUCUUGCAGGGAGCCAAUACCAGUCCCAGCUCUGAUCUGUGGGCAUUGGGUUGCAUGCUCUACCACAUGUACUCAGGAAAGCCUCCGUUCUAUUCUGAAAACUACACUGAAAUGGUGAAAAUGAUCACGCACCAGGAGCCUGCACCCCUCAGACAAACAGUCGAAGAGUCUGAAUCAAGUCCCAGUGUUGAGUUCAAGAGCCUUCUGAAAGGCCUGCUUAACAAAAACGCCAACAAGAGAAUGGAUUGGCCAGAGCUGCUGGACCACCCUUUCUGGGCCCAAGUGAAGGAGGAGGAGGAGGAGGAGGAGGAGGAAGAGGAGGGAUGGUCUGAAGAUGAAGAGGAAAGGGAUGAGGGAGAAGGCGAUGGUCCUGAUGGAGAUGACGCCAUCAGUUCAAGGUCCAACCCAAACCAAAGGCUCUCAGACCGAACGCUGGGCAGCGGGUGCGCUGGCCCGUCCUCCACCCAGACACCAGACCACAGCCUGGGGCAGGACCCCGUGAGACGGAGGGCGUCCCACCCCCUGGGCCCCAGCCGGUCCUUCUCCCUGGAUAAUGUUUCAGAUCUAAGACCGAAGAGCGCAGAUAACGAUAACUCUGAGGCAAUGUUCCUGCUAAGCAGCCGUGCGACCCCAAGAAGAGGCUGCAGUAUUCCGGACCCCCACUCCCAGCUGCCUGCAUCCAAGGCCCAUGAGAGCGUCCCUGGCAGCGACACUACGUCCUGUGUGGAAGCCCUGCUGUACACCGACGCGGACAUGACCGUCGCCGCGGUGAUCGACAACCCCAAGAUUCUGCACAGCCCGGCCGUACGGUUUGACCCAAAGACUCUGUGUGUGCCAGCGUAUUCAGUGGACAAGCUCCGAUCCCUGAGCGACGAGGAGUGGGACGUCUUCCUCCUGCAGCUCUGCUCCUCCCUGGAGGGAACGGCCGCGCCUCCUCCUCCUCCUCCUCCUCCUCCUCCUCCGGCCUCCUCUUCCUCCUACAGCGCUCCCCCUCCCCCUCCUCCUCCUCCUCCUCCUCCGGCCGCUGCGGCAGUCCGCUCCAGAGUCAACCUGCUGGGCUACCUGUGUGGCGCCGCAGUCGCCCGUGGAGACGUAGCCACCCGGCUCAUCAACUCCCCCCUGCUGGCCGUGUUGACUCAUCAGCUGCAGCAGGCCCCUUCCUGGGAUGUGAGAAGCAAGGUGCUCAGAGUCAUCGGCCUGUUGGCUCAGCAUUGCACCAUCCUCAGUGAGGAAACGCCCACCUCUGAGGUGGUGUGUGCAAUAACAGACCUCCUUAGAGACAACCUGAGGAACAACAAAGCAAAGCAGUGCCUGUUGCCACCACUAGGGGAGCUCCUCUAUCGCAUUGCAUCCCAGCAGGAGCAGGAGAAGAGGAAGAGGAGGAAGAGGAAGAAGGAGAGGAGGAGAGGAGACUCCCCAGAGGCGGUGUGCUUCGUUCCUGCAGCCGCCUACUGCGGCUUAAUGAGGAGCCUCAGGGAAGGGGACGACGCCGUGGUCCAGCACAUGGCCGCUAAGACCGUCGAAAACCUCGCCACCACCGUGACUGACUCCGCCCACAGCUGGGUCACCGUGGAGACAGGCCCCGCCCUGUGGUACCUGUUCACCCACUCCACCGUGGAGGCUGUCAGAAUCACGGCCAUCUCUGCUCUGUCCAGGCUGACCCGUCGCGUCCCGGGGGUCUUCCUGGCGGUGAUUGACAGCUGCGGGCCGGCGGCCAUGUUUGAGGGUCAGGGCGUGGCCCCGCCCAGAGUCCAGCAGCACCUGUUGACUGCCACCGCCGCCGCGCUGCUGGGCUCACACACACACACCCACCGCCUGGCGCAGGCCAAGGAGGUUGUGUUGAAGGUCCUACGGUGUUUAGACAGUCCGUCCACGCUGACCAGGGCCAAAGCACUGCUGCUUCUCCUGCUGCUCCUCCAGAACAACACACAGACACUGAAGUACUGCUGUCAGCACAGACUGGUGAUGUACCUGGAACGGGACACGCGUAAAGCCACGCCCCUUAGAGAGAACACCAACCAAUCACAAUCUCAGUGUCUGGCCUUGACAGUUCUGUACCUGACCCGCACAGUGCCGCUCAUCCUGGAGAAGGUUCUGUCUGCAUUAGGGGGAGUGGUGGGACGAAGACACCCCCCUCCAGCCCAGAGCAAGAACCUGAAGAACACCCUGCCCUCGCUGUCCAUCGUGCUGGACCUGCUGUCCUCACAGGUACAUUAGUCUGACAAAUCAGAG